UGUCUGCUAUCUGCUAGGCAGCUCGGCUUCCUUUCUCUCGAUCCCACGUCCCACGUCAUCAGAUCAUGCGCGUGCAUUAAAACGUUCGCGUUGGUCCGCGUGUACGGCGCGAGGAAAAUAAUGGAAGUGACGAGCUCGAAUUUUCAGGACGUGCUGUGCGAGUUGGAAAACGUCUUAAAGGACGCUACUUUUCUCAGUAUUGACGGCGAGUUUACCGGCCUUAAUUCGGGUCCGGAUGCAGGCCCCUUCGACACACCGGCUCAGUAUUAUGGCAAGCUACGAGCGGGAUCGAUGGACUUUCUGCUCGUACAGUUUGGUCUGUCCGUCUUCACGUACAACUCGCAAACGAACAAAUAUUCUCAGCGCUCUUAUAACUUCUACGUGUUUCCCAAACCGCUGAAUCGCCAGAUACCGGACAGCAGGUUUAUGUGCCAGGCGUCGUCCAUAGCGUUCCUAGCAAAUCAAGACUUUGACUUCAACAAGCUGUUCAAGUAUGGCAUACCGUAUCUCAGUGCCAACGAAGAGGAAAAGCUUGUCAAACGCCUGGAGGAAAAACAGAAACUCAAAGAGGAAAACAAUCAAGAUAUAAUUCCAAUACCAGAUAAUGACAAGCCUCAAAUAGAAGAGAUAUGUUCUAGAAUAGAGAAUUUUCUUGCCUCAGAUGCAAAAGAGUUGACGAUAGACAGAUGUAAUGGUUUUAUGAGGAGACUGGUAUAUCAAGAGGCGCGAGUCAGGUGGCCUAAUAAAGUGAAAGUUGAAAGUAAAAUUGAGAAUACCUGGAACUGUCUUUUGGUCCAGAGAGUAGGUACCAAGGAGGAAGAGGAAGAAAGGGAAAAUGAGAAACGUGAAAAGGAAAAAUUGGAGAUUAAACAGGCCGUAGGACUCAGCAACCUGCUGAAAAAGAUUGUAGAGUCUGAAAAGAUAAUAGUGGGACAUAAUAUGCUGUUAGAUCUGUGUCAUAUUAUACAUCAAUUUUUUACACCUUUGCCAAGUAACUAUUCGGAUUUCAAGACUUUGAUUCAUGGUUUGUUUCCUAGUUUAUUGGAUACAAAAGUCAUCUGUCAAUCGCAGCAAUUUAAAGAGCUUGUGUCGUCGUCGAAUUUGAACAUAUUAUUAGAAAUUGUGAGCAAGCCUCCUUUUUCCAUUCCCGAUAUCGAGCCUGUUGAGGGACGCAGUUAUUCGAUAUCAACAGAAAAAUCACACGAGGCAGGAUAUGACGCGUACAUCACUGGAUUAUGCUUCAUUGCAUUGUCCAAUUAUCUUGGCAUAUUGCAAAACUCCGAAAAUGCUACGGUGUUACCGAAUUCACCGUUGCUUAAUCCUUUUCUUAACAAACUUCCUAUAGCAAGACUGAAAGAUUUUCCAUACGUAAACUUGGUAGGAAAAGAUCCAAAUCCUAGCAGAGAGCACGUAUUUUACAUAACAUUCCCCAAAGAAUGGAAACACGCGGAUAUAAGUCAACUCUUUAGCCCAUUUGGAGGUGGAUAUGUUUCAUGGUUAUCUGAUACAUCCGCGUAUAUAGGCUUAUAUCGUCGCGAUCAGGCUAGCGCUGUGAUGGCGAACUUGUCCAAGGGAACUGUUUGCAAAAUACAAAAAUAUGCCCAGCAUCAAGCCACCUUGCAGGCCGAUGUCUCUUCUGAGGACCGCAAACGAAAGUUGUCAUCAUCCGAGAACGUGGACGCGAAGGAUGACGAGAAGUCGACGGCCAACGGCGUGAAGGCACCGGAGAAUGACGACGAGUGGCAAGUUGCCACGGGUAAAAGGCGCAAGAAACGCAAGGAGCAAGCGGCAGCCGUCGUGGCUGACAAGAAGGCUUUCGAGGAAAACGAUGCCUGGAAUUAACCGCGGUGUGUUCCGGGGGAACAUUACGUUGAGUAGCGAAAUGAUAUGCAGCGAAUGCAUAUAUGCACAAAUACGUAACAGCGCCGAAACGCGUGCUGAAUCAAAAAUAAAAAAGAAAAAAAAUACUUUGAUUUCAUUGACCUCCACUUCUAAUCAUUAGACGAAUGUCAAUGUGUGUUUAAUGUCAACAUGUUCGAGAUAUUUAUAAAUAUUUUUAAAUCCUUAAUAAAUCCUUUAUUUCUGAUAACA